AGACUUGCAACAUGGUAACUUUCUACUCUCUCUCUCCUUACCUUUAUGGAAGAUCAGUACCACACUUGCUUUUUUCCAGUCUUCUGGUAUCUCUCCAGUUCUUGAAUUUUCAAAAAUAAUUGGUUUGGAUUCAGGAUUUGUUCCUAGUGUCCAAGACUUCGAUAAGAAACUUACAGAGGCCGACGCUUACCUGCAGAUCUUGAUUGAGCAAUUAAAGCUUUUUGACGACAAGCUUCAAAAUUGUAAAGAUGAUGAACAGAGAAAGAAAGUUGAAACUCUCAAAGAUACAACAAAUAGCAUGGUAGAAUCAAUUAAACAUUGCAUUGUGUUGCUACAGAUUGCUAAAGACCAGAAUAAUGUGGAGCAGCACGCAGAUGGAAUGAUAAGCACUAUUAACCCUGUAGAUGCAAUAUACCAGCCUAGCCCCUUGGAACCCGUGAUCAGCACAAUGCCCUCCCAGACUGCCUUACCUCCAGAACCUGCUCAGUUGUGUAAGGCAGAGCAGCGCCCAUCUUCCUUACCUGUUGGACCUGUACUAGCUGCCUUGGGACAUCAUCAGACUCCAACACCAAAUAGUACAGGCAGUGGGAAUUCACCACCUAGCAGCAGUCUCACUCCUCCCAGCCAUGUCAACUUGUCUCCAAAUACAGUCCCAGAGUUCUCUUACUCUAGCAGUGAAGACGAGUUCUAUGAUGCUGAUGAAUUCCAUCAAAGUGGCUCAUCCCCAAAGCGCUUAAUAGAUUCUUCUGGAUCUGCCUCAGUCUUGACACACAGCAGCUCUGGAAAUAGCCUAAAACGCCCAGACACCACAGAAUCACUGAAUUCCUCCAUGUCCAAUGGCACAAGCGAUGCUGAUCUUUUUGACUCUCAUGACGACAGAGAUGAUGAUGGGGAGGCGGGGUCGAUGGAGGAGCACAAGAGCGUUAUCAUGCACCUCUUAUCACAAGUGAGGCUCGGAAUGGACCUCACAAAGGUAGUUCUUCCAACAUUUAUUCUUGAGAGAAGAUCGCUUUUAGAAAUGUAUGCAGACUUUUUCGCACAUCCGGACCUGUUUGUGAGCAUUAGUGAUCAGAAGGACCCCAGGGACCGAAUGGUUCAGGUCGUGAAAUGGUACCUCUCGGCCUUCCAUGCAGGAAGGAGAGGAUCAGUGGCCAAAAAGCCGUACAAUCCUAUCUUGGGUGAGAUCUUUCAGUGUCACUGGACGUUGCCGAAUGAUACAGAAGAGAACCCAGAGCUGGUUUCAGAAGGGCCGCUUCCCUGGGCUUCUAAGAGCAGUGUGACAUUUGUGGCUGAGCAAGUGUCCCAUCAUCCGCCCAUUUCAGCCUUUUAUGCUGAGUGUUUUAACAAGAAGAUGCAAUUCAAUGCUCAUAUCUGGACUAAAUCAAAAUUCCUUGGGAUGUCAGUUGGGGUGCACAACAUAGGUCAGGGCUGUGUCUCAUGUCUGGAAUACGAUGAGCACUACAUUCUCACAUUCCCCAAUGGCUACGGGAGGUCUAUCCUGACAGUGCCUUGGGUGGAAUUAGGAGGAGAAUGCAGUAUUAGCUGCUCCAAAACGGGUUACAGUGCAAAUAUCAUCUUCCACACUAAACCUUUCUAUGGUGGCAAGAAGCACAGAAUUACUGCAGAGAUUUUUUCUCCAAAUGACAAGAAAUCUUUCUGCUCAAUAGAAGGGGAAUGGAAUGGUAUCAUGUAUGCAAAAUACGCAACAGGGGAAAAUACUGUCUUUGUAGACACUAAGAAGUUGCCUAUAAUUAAGAAAAAAGUGAGGAAGUUGGAAGAUCAGAAUGAGUAUGAGUCCCGCAGCCUUUGGAAGGAUGUCACUUUCAACUUAAAAAUCAGAGACAUUGAUGCAGCAACCGAAGCAAAGCACAGACUUGAAGAAAGACAAAGAGCAGAAGCCCGAGAAAGGAAGGAGAAAGAAAUUCAGUGGGAGACGAGGCUGUUCCACGAAGAUGGAGAAUGCUGGGUUUAUGAUGAGCCGUUACUGAAGCGUCUUGGUGCUGUGAAGCAUUAGGCUGGCAGCUCAGUCUACCCCUGGUGACCAGGGCAGUAGGCGUCAUUAAGCAACAAUCGGACUUCCUCCAGGAGAGCCUGUCACUUCCUUCUCAUCGCAGUGGUUCCUAUCUCAGGGAUACUGGACUUGACGACACAGAUGAACAAUUAAAGUGGAAAACGCUUCCCUUUUCUCCUCUGUGGCAGUUACAAUUUUGACUUCACUCCUGAGAAAAACUUCAGGUUUUGAAACAAGAUGUCUCUUCCUUACCCAAAUCCCAUGCUUUGAAAAGCAUUUGUAGACAGACCCAGGUCUCAGCUUCUUCUCCAGUUCUGCUGUUGAAGCAUAAACCCUUGUCUCCUAGUUCAUUUUCU